CAUCCUGUGCGUGGAGGAUAAACAAUGUCUUAUUGAUCAUUGUGCUGUUAAUUUAAAGUAUAAUUAAAUGUAUAGUCCUGUUUGAGAAUGACUGUGCUUUAGAAGCACAAACAUUAAGGGUUUUGAUGUUUUAUUUUUAAUAUUUCUACUGCUGGACAUAGUAAGGGCCCAAUAAAUGUUGAACAAUUGACUGAACACACCAUUUUAGAGCAUUCAUAUCACUUCCUUUCAGCACUUACUUCCCCAAAUCUGCCCUCUGAUACCCUAAUUUCAUUCCUAAUAAACAAUCCAACUACAGUUACUUUCCCAAAUGUAAUUUUUUUGUUGUUGUUGUUCCAGGGAUCGAACUCGGGUCCUUGCACUUGCGCAGCAGGCAGCGAAACCACUGAGCUAAAUCCCCAGCCCUACAGUUACUUUCAACCACUUUCUAUUAGAAGAAUUUGUGAAUCUGGGACUACUCAAAAAUGUCUUGACUCCUGUGAUAUCAAAUGAAGCCCACAUACUAUUGACUGCUAUGCAUGUUAUCAGAAGAAUGAGCAAGUAGUAAUGGUGGGGGAAUUGAAUGAGAUUGAAAAUUCCAGAAAUGAGAAGAAACAGACUAAGACCACAAGCACCAGGUGCAUUAAAGGGGAGUCGAAUGCUUUAGGAUCAGUAUUGAUCUACCUCAGGAGUCCAAGAUUUUUGAUUUCUGCAAGCUGUGCCUUAUUGAUAUGGGGAGACCGAACGUGGCACUUUGCCAUGUGUGUGUUUCUGAUAGAAUUAUAUGGACAUAAUCUUCUCCUAACAGCGGUGUUUGGAUUAGUAGUAGCUGGAUCUGUAUUAAUAUUUGGAGUCUUAAUUGGAGAUUGGAUUGACAGGAAACCAAGAAAUAAAGUGGCUCACGCGGCGCUCUUCAUCCGGAAUGGUUCUGUCACCGCCUGCUGCGUGGUCCUGAUGCUCAUGUUUUCCUACAGAAGGGAGAUGGACCAAAUGUGGCAUGGCUGGUUCACUGUGGCCUGCUAUGCAGUGGUCAUCACCCUGGAGGCUGUGGCGAACCUGGCUGGCACAGCGCUGACCAUCACCAUUCAGAGGGACUGGAUUGUGAGCAUCACGGGGGACAACAGAGGCCAGCUGGCUGGCUGGUGUGGAGCUGUCCCAGAGCUGCAGAAGCAAUGUGGAGGCUCCCCAAGACCAUGAGUCCCGUGCAGUUUAGAUCAACUCCACCAGGGGGCCGUCUACUUAUGCUUGCACAAUCCCAGACUCUGAUAAUUCACCAUUUUGUAACAAAAAAUUGGAAUCAGAAAUUUUCAGUUUAUAAGCACAAGGUAGAUGUUGGAAAGGUGAACUUUAUGAGUCUAUAAAAUAAAAAUAAGCCUUUCAAACACAGGUGUGGCUGUUUAUCUGUUCAAAAUGUGAGCAUGGCUUUCAACCAAGCUGGCCCCAGCUUCACAGGGGUCAUGUAAUCAGCUUUCUAGGUCCUUAUUUAGUUAUCCAAAGCUCUUGGGUUCUACUUCUUUCUUCAAAGUACUUGAGAUCAUGAGGGAAAAAAAAAUUUCACCUGGCUUCAGGGAGCCUCAAAUUCAAAUGACCACUCCUGUCCUCCAUUUUGAAGUGACAUUCAAUUGCCAAAUCACUCAUUUGCCAGCUGUCUCUUGGCUGUUAGAAAGGUCUGGGCCAAACUGGCCAGAGCAACAACAUGCAAUCUAAUGGCUUGUUUUUAUAUUCCUGCUCUCUUCUUGGUUUUAUUCUAAUU